UAAAGUCUCGCGAUAUUUGGUCCUUCCUUCGUUUAGCUGUGGGAGUCGCUUCCGUGGAGCCGUCCUCGUGGCUGCGUGAUGCAUUCAGACGACAUUGUCUGGGACACUCUUGGCAACAGGCAGUUCUGCUCAUUUAAGAUCAAGACAAAAACACAGAGCUUUUGCCGGAAUGAAUUCAAUAUCACGGGCCUGUGCAACCGCUCCUCCUGCCCCUUGGCCAACAGCCAGUAUGCAACUAUUAAGGAGGAGAAAGGACAGUGUUAUCUGUACAUGAAGACCAUUGAACGGGCUGCUUUCCCCAAUCGGCUAUGGGAGCGGGUCCGACUGAGCAAAAACUAUGAAAAAGCACUGGAGGAGAUUGAUGAGAACCUGAUCUACUGGCCCCGCUUCAUCCGGCACAAAUGCAAGCAGCGCUUCACCAAGAUCACGCAGUACCUGAUCCGAAUCCGCAAGCUGACACUGAAGAGACAGAGGAAGCUCGUUCCAUUAAGCAAAAAGAUUGAAAGGCGUGAGAAGAGGAGAGAGGAAAAAGCUCUGGUUGCAGCUCAGCUGGACAAUGCCAUUGAAAAAGAACUGUUGGAGAGACUCAAGCAGGACACGUAUGGCGAUAUCUAUAACUUCCCCAUCCAUGCCUUCGACAAAGCUCUAGAACAACAGGAGGUGGAGAGUGAAAGUGACUCAGAUGUGGAGAAGGAGGAAGAGGAGGAGGAAAAUGAUUCAAAGAGGGAGUUUGUAGAAGUGGAUGAGAGUGAUCUCAGUGACUUUGAGGAUAUGGAUAAACUGGCAACUACCAGUGAUGAAGAUGAGGCUACAUCCAGCGAGGAUGAAGAGAGAGAGAUGGAGCCCAAGUCCAAGGGGAAAACUCCUCUGAAGGGGCCGGCGAUAAGGAAACGAGCUUAUGUCGAAAUAGAGUAUGAGCAGGAAACAGAACCACUGUCAAAAUCAAAAGCAACGUGACUUAACUGACAUUUGUGAACUGUGAUAUACUAAUGUCAGAGGGAAAACUCUUUAGCAACUUCAGUGAUGGAAAUACUCAAUUGUUUCUCAGUCCCAAUGCGUAUUCUUUCAGCUGAAGGACUUGUAAUACUGUUUUUUGGAAAUGCUACAGUGAAUGUUUUGGAAGUUUUUUUUUUUUUUAAUACUGAGAAACAUAAAAGGUUCUGAGGAAAGUAUACUUCUCAGAUAAUAUAGACACUGGGUCAGCUCAUAGGAACUGUAAUCCAACAAUGAGAUAAAUGCAGACACUUUUCAGGCUUUUAUUAUAAAAGUGAAGACAAUUUACAUUUCCUUUUUUAAAAAUAUAUAUAUAUACUCUUUCUCAUUAUAAAGAGUUCUUGUAUCAGGAUAAGCAGACUGCAAUUUACAAAAUGAGAGAGUUGCUCUUCCAACCUUGAAUAAUCUUUACUAAACAUCUUUAUCGAGCUCUCCAGGAGACCAAA